CGCAGCCGGGGAGGGCGUCUGUGCGUUUAUAUAUGGGGCGUGUACGCUAGUCGCGGAGUUCCAGCAGUUAGAUAGCUGCCCUGUUAGUUGCGGCCGUCGCUUUGGGCUGUGCAUCCGCUCUUCCCGACUGCGCCGGGAAGCCGAGCAGACCAUUUCAGAUUUCAAGUGAUCAGCCCUCUCCUAUCCAGUCGUGGCUCAUCCAAAGCUCCCGAGGAAAGUGGGAUCUUUCGGUCCUUCUUGCAUUUCCGACCAUUACAGGAUCUAGAAAUGUCUGCAACACUCUUAUCUGCCUUCUACGACAUCGACUUCUUGUGCAAGACCGAGAAAUCCCUGAGCAACCUGAGCAGCAUGCUGGACAAGAAGGCCGUGGGGAGCCCGGUGGGCACCUCUCCCAGCUCCAGCUUCGGGCCGGGCUUCCUGCGGCGGCACUCGGCCAGCAACCUCCAGGCCCUGGCGAACGGCCACGCCAAGUUCCCCGGCGGCUCGUCGCCCUCGCCCCCGGCUUUCGGCAACCUCAAGGAGCCCGGCAGCGGCGGAGGAGGAGGAGGCGGCGGCGGCGGCGGGGGGAGCAGCAGCCCCACCGCCUUGCUCAACAAGGAGAACAAGUUCCGGGACCGCUCCUUCAGCGAGAAUGGCGAGCGGAGCCAACACCUCAUGCAGCAGCUCCAGCAGCAGCAGCAGCAGCAGCUGGUGGCGGCGGCCACCACGGGCAAAGGCGGCGGCGGCGGCGGGGCCCCCAUCAACUCCACGCGCUACAAGACGGAGCUGUGCCGGCCCUUCGAGGAGAGCGGCGCCUGCAAGUACGGCGAGAAGUGCCAGUUCGCCCACGGCUACCACGAGCUGCGCAGCCUGACGCGCCACCCCAAGUACAAGACGGAGCUGUGCCGCACCUUCCACACCAUCGGCUUCUGCCCCUACGGGCCGCGCUGCCACUUCAUCCACAACGCCGACGAGCGCCGCCCGGCGCCCAACAACGGCAGCGCCGGCCCGCCGCCUCAGCCCCCGCCGCCGCCGCCGCCCCAACAGCCGCCGCACCCGCCCAACCCCCAGCCGCCGCCACAGCCUCACGCCAACGGUCACCACCACCCCCACCCCCACCCCCCUCACGCCGGCAGCACCGGCGACCUCCGCGCCUUCGCCCGGGAACACCCGCUGGGGGGCGGCUUCGGCCUGCCUCACGGCCGGGGAGGGGGGGGAGGGGACAGGCCCAAACUCCACCACAGCCUCAGCUUCUCCGGCUUCUCCGCCCACCACCACCACCACCACCACGGCGGGGCUGUGGCGGCCGCGGCCCAGGGCGGCCUGGAGGCGGCGGCCGCGGCGCUGCUCCUGGAGAGCCCCGGCGGGUCCCGCACGCCGCCGCCGCCCGCCUCAGCCGGCUCCUACUGCGACGAGCUGGUGGCCUCGCCGUCCUGCGCCAACAACGCCUUCGCCUUCUCGGCGGGGCAGGAGCUGGGCAGCCUCCUCGCCAUCCACGCCCCGCCGCCGCCGCAGCAGGGCUGCUUCCCCAACGCGGCCGCCUUUUACCGCUGCCACCAGGGAGGAGGAGGCGGCGGCGGCGGGGGGGGCUGCUGCCCGCCGCCGCCGCCGGGCCCUCCCGCCUCGCCCCCCUUCAGCUUCCAGCCUCUGCGGCGCCUCUCCGAGUCGCCCGUCUUCGACGCCCCUCCGAGCCCGCCGGAUUCGCUCUCCGACCGGGAGAGCUACCUGAGCGGCUCCCUCAGCUCCGGCAGCCUCAGCGGGUCGGAGUCGCCCAGCCUGGACUCGGGCAGGCGCCUGCCCAUCUUCAGCCGCCUCUCCAUCUCCGACGACUAA